GGAAAUAGCUACGUUAUUUAUUCGGCAGCCACCACCUCUAUUUAAUACCCUACGGCAUCUUUAACGUGCAUCGGUUCCCUCCACCCCACGAUUCCUUUUCAGCCGACAGUCGACACAAGGAAGAUACAUGACGUACCCAGCCGUGCUUUGAGGGGAGUCUAGAUAUGGUAGUUUGUUGCCUCAUCACCUGAUGCUGUGGGCAGGCGCGGUGGAGAGUUUGUAAGAACUACAAACCCCACCAAGCAAUGCGACUGGUAGUCUGGCUGGUGCAAGCUCUGUUACUUUUGCAUGCUUGGAAAGCGGGCUACUAAUAGCAGAGGGUUUGGGCGUGUGGUGGUUUGCAGUUCUGAGCUAAAUGGCUUUCCCCGGGACAAUGUAUUAAUGCAGAGAUUUUUUUUGCUUUUAUUUUAAUUUUUUCUCCAACCCUAAGCUAUUGCAAUGGUGGGAUUUAUUGAUAAUCUGGUGGCACUGCAAGAUCAACUGUGCCUUGCAAUUAAGUUCCAAGAAUCUGGAUGUGGGGGAGACUGCAGAGAACUGAGCAUGCACUUGUAACUGUGCCUGUCUCCCGGAAUCUCUUGUCGUUGCACCUUUUAUUUGUCUGUGUAGAUUUUUAAUAUUUCCACUUUGUAAAAAUAAAUAUAUUAUUAUUUGGAAACGACUACCCGCUAGGAGCAUGCAUCGGUUUGCAGUGCUUGCCAAGCAAACUGCGGCAAGCCCGGGCUGUAAAGGACCACCCUGCAGGAACGGAAGGAGAGACGUGGCUUUGCGGUGCAUUGCCUCGCUGGUGAAGGGAAAACAGCACCAGCAGCGCUUUACGCAGCGUACUCGCCCGGGGAGAGAAGGACUGGUGCGUUGGAACAGCGCUGCCAAGGCCUCUGCGGUGAAAAUCAACGAGAAGACGAGCCGGGAGAAAAUCCUGACGCUGGAGUCCAUGAACCCGCAGGUGAAAGCGGUGGAGUACGCCGUGAGGGGCCCCAUUGUCCUGAAAGCUGGCGAGAUCGAGAAGGAGCUGCGGAAGGGAAUCAAAAAGCCUUUUACUGAGGUCAUUAAGGCCAACAUUGGUGAUGCACAUGCAAUGGGACAACAGCCUAUCACUUUCCUUCGUCAGGUGGUUGCACUUUGUACAUACCCAAACCUGUUGGACAGCCCAAGCUUCCCAGAAGACUCUAAGAAGAGGGCCAGACGGAUCUUGCAGGGGUGUGGAGGGAAUAGUUUAGGGUCUUACAGUGCCAGUCAAGGUGUAAAUUGCAUCCGUGAAGAUGUUGCAGCAUACAUUGAAAGACGAGAUGGAGGAGUUCCUGCAGAUCCAGAUAAUAUAUACCUUACCACAGGGGCUAGUGAUGGAAUUGCUACUAUUCUAAAGAUCCUGGUCUCAGGAGGAGGGAAAUCCCGAACUGGAGUGAUGAUCCCAAUCCCACAAUACCCCUUGUAUUCAGCAGCCAUAUCUGAACUAGAUGCCAUCCAGGUGAACUAUUACCUGGAUGAAGAGAAUUGCUGGGCACUCGAUGUGAAUGAACUUCGUCGUUCCUUGAAUGAAGCCAAAGCAUACUGUAAUCCAAAGGUCCUUUGCAUCAUCAACCCAGGAAAUCCCACUGGUCAGGUUCAAAGUAGAAAGUGCAUUGAAGAUGUUAUACAUUUUGCUUGGGAGGAGCAACUCUUUCUUCUGGCUGAUGAGGUUUAUCAAGAUAACAUUUACUCAGAAGAAUGUCAGUUUCAUUCCUUCAAAAAGGUUCUGUAUGAGAUGGGACCAGAGUACUACAGCAAUGUAGAGCUAGCAUCCUUCCAUUCUACCUCCAAGGGAUACAUGGGCGAGUGCGGCUACCGAGGGGGUUAUAUGGAGGUGAUUAACUUGCAUCCAGAGAUUAAAGGACAGCUUGUUAAACUUCUCUCUGUUCGUCUCUGUCCUCCAGUCUCUGGACAGGCAGCUAUGGAUAUUGUAGUGAAUCCUCCAGUACCAGGGGAAGAAUCUUAUGCACAGUUCAUUAAGGAAAAGGAGUCUGUUUUGGACAAUCUUGCCCAAAAAGCCAAGCUAACAGAAGACAUGUUUAAUAAAGUGCCAGGAAUUCACUGCAAUCCACUUCAAGGAGCUAUGUAUGCCUUCCCAAGGAUAUUCAUCCCUUCAAAAGCCAUUGAGACAGCAAAGGCUCAUAAAAUGGCCCCUGACUUGUUCUACUGUAUGAAACUUUUGGAAGAAACUGGAAUCUGUGUUGUACCUGGCAGUGGAUUUGGCCAAAGAGAAGGAAGUUACCACUUCAGAAUGACCAUUCUCCCUCCAGUAGAGAAGCUGAAGAUUGUGCUGGAGAAAGUGAAAGACUUCCACAUACAGUUUCUUGAAGAAUAUGCAUGAAAGAGAUGCAGACUCUUCCCCCCCCCCCCCUUACCCCCAAAGCAAAUGCAAAAAAUGAACAAUAUGUGCUGAGAAUGGGCUGUUCAUCUCGUUAAUUGCAUUUACAAUAGAUAGAGCCCAUAUGUGGGUAAAACUUGCACUUCUUCCUGAACAAUUAAACCUAAUGUCUGGUGUGGGAGAUAUUGCUAUACAGAAGUGGAUUGGAGGGGGAACAUGAAGAGGGAAGGUGAAGAGAGAGUCUAGUAGACUAUUUUGUGCCUUGAUUGGAAGUUUAUAUUCUUGACUUACACUUCUGGCCUAAUUGGUUAUGGAGGAAAGUCACGUAUGAAAACUAUUGAUAUCGCCUUCUACAAAGCAGAAAUGCAUAUAGCCAAUAUAUUUGCUCAAAACAUCCAUUUCCCGUUUGAGAUUUUUACCCCCAAAAAAUCCUAAAAUUUACAUUCUGGGUGUGGUUGAUUUGUUAUUGUUUGAGUAUAAAGUGUUACCCACAUCUGAUCAAACUGGCAGUUGUUAGAAUGUUUAUAAAAAUCUUUGGAAGAUUA